AUGAACUCCAACGCCUUUUCUUCUGAUAUGUUUACUUCAGACAGCACCUCAAAUACCCCCAAUGGUGGUUCUACAACAGGGAACCUUAACGUGUAUUCGGUAGAGCAGAUGGUGGACGUGUACAAACACUUACAAGAGAAUGGGCAAUUGUCUGCAGACCCGUAUGCGGCGGCAGCGAAUUCCUCCAGGACCGGUUCUUUGGAGACUCCUCAAAUUGUGAGUCUCUUGGCCAAUGGAGAUGGAUACAAGGAGGAGAAGAAGAAUCUGAGUACGAAGGAGCAGGAAGAUAAGGAAGACAAGAAUAACAGCAGCAACAACAACAGCAACAGCAGUAAUAGCAACAGCAGCAGCAACAAUAGCAGCCACCAAUCAAGACAUGAUCAAGGUGGAGGUGAAACAGGGGCUCUGAAUGACACAUCUCUGAAUUUGAUUGUUGCAUCUUGGUACUACCUUGAUGACCAUCACAAUCAACAGGGUCCGUUUGAUUCCACAAUUAUGCAACAGUGGUUCUUAUCGAACUUUUUGGUCCCUACAUUGUCGGUCCGUAGAGAGGGGGAACUCGAUUGGCUCUUGAUUUCGGAUUUAUGGGAAAUCUGCCAAAUCCAACCAAACUUUAACCCUUCAUUGGCACCCUUUAACCAGCCACUACCACAGAUUCCAUUGAAGGGUAUUCUUCGGAAACCAAUAUUACCAAUGGGUCUGUCUUUGUUUGAUUCGACAAACUCCAUCUUCAACAAUCCAUCCAAUAACAGCUCUCAAUUCCUGAAUAAUACAAUCUCCUCUACUGUUAACACUAAUUCAAACACACCCUUGUUAGGUAAUGCAACCCUGGAAACUAAUACUAAUGAUGCUACCAUUGAUUCUCGUUCAAAUUCAACUUACAGUACCUCCUUGAUGGGUGCCGUCUCUGGUCAUACAAACACUUCCAACCUGAUGAACUACCUCAAUGUAGAUAUGAACCCUAUAAAUUCCCUAUCACUGUCCUCCUUGAAUCCGAGUCAUGCAAUCAAUAUGGGUUUACCUACACUGGAUCUCAACAAUCAAAAUAUGACCAUGGGCAUGGCAAUGUCCAACAGCUAUAGUAUGUCCAAUAUGACAUCCCUAAAUAAUGACCCUCAUCUAAGUCAUUUUAACAAUAUCACUUCAAGUAUGAUGAAUCCAAUAGGUAGCAUGCAUAGUUUGAGCGAGAGUAAUGCAUUUGGAAAUUUGAAUCAGUUGAAUUCAAUGGCUUCUACUCCUUCCUUCAACCCAUUGGACCAGGCUUCCAUGAACUUGGAGUUGAGGACAGAUUCUCAACUAGCUGUAGAAAAACAACCUCUCACUCCCUCCGCUAAUCAGAUGACAGACCUAAACAAUACACUUAAUCGGUUGGAUAUAUCUACUCAAAAGAAUUAUACCACAAACAGAAUAGAGAUGGAAAACGCAGUAGCGCAAGCUCAUGUUAAGGAAAAUAUGGAGAGUAUGGGAUAUACAGGAGAGAGUGGAAGUCCGAAACUAAAUACACAUGGAAGAAAUGAUGGAUCGAGACAUGACAAACAAGGUUCAUCUAAUACGAUUGAAAAGAAGGAUGAAGAACGUAUUCAUGAAGAAAAGGAAGCAUCCGCAUCCAGAACAAACGAAACAAGCGAGAGUUGUAGCAUGAAAGCGGAACAGCCAGAACCAAACAAUGUUCCAACUCCUAUUCCGUCAGUCAAUUUGGAACAACAUAUGAAGGCCCUGGAGUCCGAAAACAAACGCAAAAUGAAGGAACAGCAAGAACAGAGAAGACUACAACAGGAGAAGCUAAUGAGGGAAGAAGAAGAAGCUAGAAAACGGGAAGAAGAAAAACUUGCGAAAGAAUCUGAAAGAGAGAGGUCAAAGAGAGAGAAGGAGGAAGCGGCAAGUACAAGUCAAUCCAGGAAACUAAAAUCCACAGUUGCUCCCUGGGCCAGCGUCUCACAGAAGUUACCCGUAAAGUCAUUGGAAGAAAUCCAACGUGAAGAAAAGCUGAAGAGAGACGAAGAACUGAAACGUCUGAAGAUUGAAGAAAACGAUAGACUGCUGGCGACUAGACUAGCCUUGGAGGACUCCGCAAUUCCAACCAUUAGUGUCAGCAAAAAGAAGAAGGUUAUCUCGCUGAGUGAAUUAUCCAAACCGUCUACACCAUCUUUAUUAAGCGGCUCCUCAUGGGGAACUGGCACUUUUGCUCCUUCGAUCCCCACCCCUUCUCUCGAGGAAAUCAAGAGGGAAGAACUGUCACGUUUGAAGGCAGAUAAAAUACCUAUGGGACAACAGACUAUUGCUCAAGCCAUUGCACAGCAAAAGGCACUAUUUUCUGGCGGAUCUAUGGAUGAUGUUGAUGCGGGUCAGAGUGACACGUCCGAUUGGACUGUUGCUACAAAAAAGCAAAAACCAAAGGUGGUUGCUUCGAUCACCCCUGUAGCCUCACAUCCCAAGAACUCCAAAAUAAAGACAGGUGUACCGAAAACCACUCCCUUGAAGACAACGACUGUCAAGCAAAUGAGUACUGCAUCUAAACCAACAGCGACUUCUUCCUUUGCAUCGUCGUUAAGAGGCACAGUGUCAGUGCCAACUUCAAAGGCAGAAAUGAGCUAUCCGGCACCUGUUGUGGAUUUUUUGGUGUGGGUUCGUAGCCAGCUCUCGGAUCUCUACAAGACCGUCAAUAAGGAAGACGUCAUACAAAUUAUGAUGCAGCUACCUGUUGGAUCAGACUCACAAGAGAUCAUUGCAGACACCAUCUACUCGAAUUCUAGCACUAUGGAUGGCCGUAGAUUUGCUAGUGAAUUUAUGAAGAAAAGAAGUAGAAUUGAAGAGACUAUUAGGAAGAAGAAUUGGGCUUUCGAUUGGUUCGAAGCCAUUGAGAACACCAAAAAUAUCAAGAUCUCCAAAUCUUCAACCAGUACAAACGACGAUGACGACUGGAGUGAUGCCUUUACUGUUGUCUCUAAAAAGAGUCGUAAAGGAAACUAG